UUGAUAAAGGCUGACUACAAUGAUAAAUACGCAUGUUCAUAAAGAUGUCGUAGACAAUUUAGAACAAGAAAUAGCAGUUCUUAAGAAGGAAAAUCACGACGUACGUCAACAGUGUAAGAUCGACAAAGACGGAAAGGAUGAAGCCCUGCAAAGAUGGAGCCAUAUUGCUUCAAGUAAACUACGGGGCUUAUCUGUAAACGAAGAUCUCACCAGAAUGCGUGCUGCACUGUUUAAUAAGAUUCGUCAGCUAGCAAAGGAGCAAUACAUACUCAGUGCCUGGACAUACGACGGAAUUGUCAUGGUCAAGGAUAGAAAUAACAAAAUCCAUCGAAUCUUAUGUGAAAAAGACCUGAUGAGUCUUAAAAGUUCUUAACCGACUACCCAAAACAGACUAUAUCAUCAUCCAAGUUCAAUACACCGAUAUUUUUUCUGAACAUUAUACUAUACACGUGCUACUUACUUAUAUACACUGAACUGACACCUGAGACUUAAACGUGCAAGUGUACUUCAUACAUUUGUCUUGUGCUUAACAAUAUAUUUGUAUAUGUAGCCUACCUGCAUCUAUUGAAUUGUUACUUUUGUCUGAGCUAUGAAUAUUAACUUAAGUAGUUAAGUAUCCUAUAUUUAUGAUUGCAAUAUCAUACACAGCUAAACAGCGUACCUAUUUUGUUUUGUUAAUGUUUAUGCCUAUAAUAAGUUUGGAUAUAUCGGACCGGUGCAUAUUUUGGUAUAAAUAUCGGUACAGAACUUUGGACAGAUCUGAAUAUUUUUGUCGAACUCUUGUUAUACCUUCCAUCCUUAUAUACUUGAUACUGUAAUUGAUAAGCGAGUUUUAAGAUUGACCAGAUGCAUGCAUAUUGUUAUGGAAUUUAUGAAUUUGGGUCAUAAUUAUAACUAGCUCUAUAUGUAUACAUGUAACACAUAAUGUAAACUUAUUUUUUCCAGACAGAUAACAUGCUGUUAGAAUUUUAAAUGUAUCAUCAACAACUGAAUAAUUACUCAAUUGUAAUUGUCGAUGAAUACUUUGUAGGACCUAUCUCGUCAAUCUUACUUGUAUUGGUUAUAAUGAGUAAAUUUCUGUUUGAUUAGUAAUGCUAUUUGGUGUCUUGUUGAAAAUAUAUAUGAAUUAAACAUUCCCAUGACUGAUACCUACUUAAACGUAUUAGUGAUAUAAACCUGGCCGAUGUAAUGCAUGACAUUAAAGUUGUGAUACUCGCAAUUCUAUAUAUGACGUAAACUGUAUCUAGUUGAUUGCUUUAUAUGUCUUUAAAAACAUUUGUAUUUUAAUUUCACUCAAGAUAUAAACAAGAUUAUAAUGUUAUUAUUUUUUGUCUUUAAAUACAUUGUUUUAUUCAUUUCACUCAAAUAAAAACAACAUUGAAAUGUAAGUAAUUCCUGUCUCUAAACACACUUGUAUAUACAUUUCACUCAAAUGAAAACAAAAUUAAAAUGUAAGUAAUUUAUGUCCUUUAAAACAUUUGUAUAUUCACUUCACUCAAAUGAAAAAAAUUGAAAUGUAAGUAAUUUCUGUUUUUGAAUACUUU